AUGAAGAAGCUCUCCAUCUUGCGUUAGAAACUUAUUCAAGAGACUAAACAAUUGAUUGAUGAAGAUGUUAUAGAUAUAAGAUCUGUGGAUCAUGAUUUUUAGAGUGUGACGGAUUCUUAGAGCAAAAAGGAGAAUCUUUAAACUGUUUAAUCUGAUUUUUCAAGUAAAUAAAAUUAAGUUGAAAAUGGUGAUAGUUAAAUUUCUGCUAGAUAAAAGCUUCUUAAGAAUUAAAUGAGUGGUUAAUAUGGAAAUUAGUUUAAAAAGAGAGAAGGAGAAGACAAUUUGCUCAGCUUGCAAAAGACUAAUUUGAGGAAGCACAAAGCAGAUAUCAAAGUUGCUUAGACAUAGAUUAAAAAUCAGUCUUAAUCUUAACUUAAUUUUCAUAACACUCUCUUAGAUAUUCAAAAGGAAUAUCUCGAUUAUGAGAUGAAGAAGGCUUAAAACGAAUAUGCUAUUGAUCUUGAUUUAAUCUAGGAGGAUUUUGCUAAUUAGCAAUAGAAGCAGCAACCGCAUUUGGAUUAACAAAAGAAGAAAAAAUCUGAAUUCAUCGAUCUAUUGAAGAAGUGCAAGAUCUGCUCUGAAUCGGAUCUUCACUACGCUUCAAAGCCUUUUAAAUUAAUGAAAAAACUGAAAGAUAUUAGGAUUAUGUUUGAGAGAAAGAGCAACAAUCUUGAACAAUAAAUGAAGAAAAGCAAUAUGAAUAAAAAUAAAAUCAUUGAAGACAUUAAGGCUGACAAAGUUAUUAUUAGAAAAGCCCUUCCUGAAAUGGCUAAAAAUUAUUUAUCAGAAAUUCAGCAAUAGAAAAGAAUUAAUAAAUUGCUGCAAGAAAAGAAUAUUCAAAAAGCUAAGAAAUAGCUGGCUUCGAUAAAUUAAAAUUAGAGUGGCUUUAGUAUGCUCAAUAGCAACUAAAUGAAUGAUUAGAAUUUAAAUCUUUAAUUAUAAUAUAUCGAUAGCUAAGAUCCAUCAGUUUACAUUAAUCCAGCGUAAGAAGUAAUGUAAAGCUAAACAACAAAAAAUUACUAUAAAAACAAUUCAACAUCACCUUUUAGGAAGAACUUUUCUAGCAAUUAUAAUAAAGAAGCAAAAACAAGCAGAAACAAUAAUAAUGAAAUCAGUUAGUUUAAUGAUUACGUGCAGACCAACGAUAGCAAAUCCUUAAGCAGAUUCAGUCACCUUGAAUAGAAAAGAAGACCUAAUCAGUAGCCAAAGUUAAGUGGAAAAUAUAAUUCAAGUGAUAAAAACGGAAUUCCUAUACCAUGCAUUGCGGAGUACGGCAAUUACUUUAGCUAAGAAAAUUCUCCUUACAUCAGAUAAUUAGAUAGUCGCUAAAAGAGUUCAACAAAUAAAGUUAUUUCUAGUAAUUUUAAUGAAACUCAGAAAAGAAAGGCUAAUUCCAUUUCAAUUUAGCAGUAGCAACAAAAUAAUUAGAAUGACAGCUCCAUUAACAUAGAAACAGUGACAAUACCAAGCAGCUUUUAAAAUUAAAUAGCAAGUGUGAGCACAAUGAAUCCUAUGUAAUCUAAACAAUCACUGAGCUCAUUCACCACACUUCAUUUGUAGCAGAAUAUCCCAGAAUAAAAAAGAGCAAGUAAAGUAAACUAAAUAGAUCUGAAUAGCAUCAACUCGCUGGCUAACUUACCACAGACAACUGAUAGAUAAAGUCACAUAUCAUUCCAACAUAGACAUUCAAAUUCAGAAAUAAAUAAUGGAAGCCAAAUUUCAAUGGAAAAGAUUUAAUAUUAAAUAUUUCUAUCAAAUUUAAAAGAUAAUCAAUAAAAUAGUAAUACUGACCGAAUAUAAUAAUACCUUAAAAAUCAAAAAUAAAUAGAUUAAUUUCAGUAAUCAAGUCCAUAAAAAUUCAGCGUUAGUAGCAUUCACAACAAAUCUUUAAGCUCCCUUUCAACCACUUUCAAAACAAGUGCUCCACCUGGCGGCAGCAGCAGCAGCGGAGCAAUGCUAACUGAUAGAUAAAAUUUAAGAAACGAUUAAACGCCAGCUUAGUCUCCAUCAGGUGUUCUUUUAUAUUCAAAUUUAAAUUAAGCCCAAAAUAAUAAUUUUGAUACACCUUCAUAAUUCUAAAAGUAUUCAAGCAACACUAGUUUUGCAUUUAGGAGUGAUAAAAAAUACAAUCCAAAUAAUAAUGUCUCGCAGCAAUCAAGAUUGUAUGCUAAAUAAAAUGAAAUUAAUAAAAAAUAAAAAUCUAAGGAAGGAAUACUUGAAAAUGUUUAUAAAUUUGAUGAAGAUAAAUAUUUUUAGCAUUAAUAAAUCUACAAAUACGAAAUUGAACAAGCAUAAAUACUUGCAAUUAAAAGAAACUAAACAACUCGUCCAGCCACCUAACAGCAAAGCUAGAAAGGAUCAGAAAACCCCUAAAGUAAAAAUAAAAAAAACGAAGGCUACUUCCAUGACGAAUAUUCAUCCAACGACGACUCAAUCCCAUCAGCCACAGAAGCUCAGCUUGAUAAUUUCUACGAAGAAAGCAAAAAAAUCCAAAAAAAAGUGUUAAAACUUAAAAAGGGUGAUUUGCACACAAAAAUAAAAAGUCUCUUAAGAAUUGAAAACAUAAACAACGAAAUUAACAAAUUAGUUCAAUGGAAAAUGAAAAAAUGA